AUGGUGAGGGGGAAAGUGGAGCUGAGGAAGAUCGAGAACGCGGCGAGCAGGCAGGUGACCUUCUCCAAGCGGAGGAAUGGGCUGUUGAAGAAAGCCCACGAGCUGUCCGUACUGUGCGACGCCGAGGUUGCGGUCAUCGUCUUCUCCCAGCGAGGAAGGCUCGCCGAGUUCUCGAACCACGAAAUGCCGAAGACGAUAGCUCGGUACCAAAAGUAUGCAGCAGUUGAAGUCGACAAGACAGAUACAGAUUACUACUGCAUUCAGAAAGCUCAUGGGAGAGCAGUUGGGGUCGUGUUCCCUGGAAGAGAUCCGAGGGUUGACCGAGCAGCUGGAAAGAGGCUUGUCAAACAUCCGACUCAGAAAAGAAAAGGAGCUGCUACAACAGAAGGCAACAUUAUGUGGAAAGAUUACGAGGCGGCGACGGCGGGAAGCAGCGUGGGACUGAGCAAUGAAAGUUCGACGGUGGAGACGACGUUGUCCAUCGGAUUGCCGACGGCAACAUAUUGUGCUUUGAAGUAG